GGGGGAAUCAACGGGAAGGAAAAAAGAAGGUAAAUUCUUCUAUUCUAUUUCCUCCUUUGGUAAGGAUUGGCUUUUUGUUCAAGGGUAUGUUAAAAACCAUCGUCUUUUCUUUGUUUGUAUCACCGAGACACCCGAAGGGCCGGCCAUAUGUACCUCGGGAGCCCCGGCCCAUUCAAAUCAAAAUAGAACGAGCACCUACGACUAAGGGGAAUGGAAUGUCGACCACAGGGUGAGAGAAUCUUAUAAUACGAGGGCUAGUGACUGGUCAAGUCAUUAAACUUAGUCAUUUUGAUCAACAUGGCUGCAAGUGGACUGGGUUUAUGGGUUUAAACUGACUACGACCAAAGUCGUGGCUACUUCAACCAAAAAAAGGGCGACCCCCUAUUCAAACCAAAAGAAGUACCUCACCUCACUUACGAAGAAGUUGUUGGAGCUGGGCUCCGAACUAUGAGAGUUUGCUUUUUAUCUUUCUCAGAGCGGUCUGAUCAAAUAGGGGAUCAGACCGCUCCUGGUGUUUUAACUAGUCAUUAAUGGUCGGCUUAAUUAGUACCCUUUCGGUAUGUGUUGCGAACACUUUCAUUUUGAGCCUCUCAUCUUCUCUAGAGAAGCAAAACUCGAACGGAUAGAACAGAUGGUCCAACUACAUAACUUUUUCUUUUUCAUUACUUCCAUGGUCGUGCCUCGUGGCACGGCAGCACCCGUACUAUUGAAAUGGUUCGUCAGUAGAGAUGUUCCCACAGGUGCCCUUUUUUCCAAUGGUACUAUAAUUCCUAUUCCUAUCCCUUCAUUCCCUCUUUUGGUCUAUCUACAUUCCAGGAAAUUCAUACGCUCCGCGGACGGAGCAAAAAGUGGAGUCUUGGUCAGAGCAAGCCGCCCUAUUCUAUUACCAGACAUAAUUGGGAGAAGCUCAUCCGAAACUAGAGCUAGAAACGCUUUAUUUCGUUUCGUUCCCGUUCUUCAUUUCCUUCUUCUCGAAUCCAAGGGGGACUUCUCAUAUUUAGAAUCUUUCUGCGGUGUGCUCCGUUUACUAUUCUUUCGUACUUUCUUCUUUUUACCACGCGAUAGGUCAGCGAAGCCUGAGCGGGCGCGGAGAAGGAAAGGCCAAACACUUCGGCCUAACGGGAAUGAGCAACGACGAAAUGAGAAGAUGAGGUGCCUCGGGCACCCCCAUUUAGAAAGAAGGGUCGAAGGUUUUGGGCCUGUAGCUUUCCCCGUCCCCCCUUCGUCGGGCGGUGCUUGUGUGGAGGGUGCGCCACCAGAAAUCGGGCUUGAAGCUCUCACCUUACCAACAAGCCGAGAGCUGAUGGCUGUUGGUCACGACUACUAUCAAAAAGCUCCUAUGAAGAUGAAUAUUUCACAUGGAGGAGUGUGCAUCUUUAUGUUGGGUGUUCUUCUGUCGUGCGACCCGGCGGCUUAUGUGCGACCUGUGGCCCACGCCUCCUAUUUGUUCAGGGCGGGCGGCGUGAACUCUGAUUCGAUCCGGGUAUUCAAUCCCGCCGCUGAGAUGCUCAGUUGACUCCUUAACCUU